GUUGCUUGGCGGACGUUGCGGGAUUCUAUGGUGUUGAUAUGGAAGGUGCGGGGGCGAGGCGAAGCUAAUUUCUACUUCCGCUGGUUGUCAGGUUGUGGUUUUGUUUUUGUUUUUACCGAAGCGGAACGUGCAGCGUGAGAGGCAGCUGGUAAAUUCUUGCGACCAGUUUUGAGGUGGACUUGGUUGAUAGCUGCAGAAGAAGAAUAAGCAUGUAGGUGCAGUGUCGCUGGUGGUGGUCGAGUUCAUCGCAUUUAAGCGAAUUGGUGUUCUGGUGGUUUGAGUUUGUUGCAGAAUUUUUGAACGAAUUUGCCUUCGAAUGUUUUAGCACUUUCAAUUCUAUUCGUCUCCAGAGAUCUCACUCCAUCGCGCUUGGCUAAUAAGUGUGUUGGGAGGAGAUUUUUCCUAUAAUUUCAGGGAUGGUGAGUGAGAUGGAGUAUUAUAAUGUGCUUGGAGUGCUACCUGAGGCCACUCCAGCCGAAAUCAAGAAGGCAUAUUAUAUGAAGGCAAGACUCGUGCAUCCGGAUAAGAACCCCAAUGACCCUGAAGCUGCCAAUAACUUCCAGGUCUUGGGUGAGGCGUACCAAAUUCUCAGUGACCCACAGAAAAGAGAGGCCUAUGAUAAGUUUGGAAAACCGGGCGUUUCUCAAGAAGCGAUGGUCGAUCCGUCUGCUGUUUUUGGGAUGUUGUUUGGUAGUGAUGCCUUUGAAGAUUAUAUUGGUCAGUUGGCAAUGGCGUCAAUGGCUGGAAUGGACACUGGUGUUGAAGCUCAAAACAUCGACUUAGGGCAAGUGCGGACGGAAAUGAAGGAGGUUCAAAAAGAGAGGGAGGAGAAACUUGCUAAGCUUUUGCUUGAUCGAAUCGCGCCCUACGUUACAGGCGAUAAGGAUGACUUCGUCAAUUGGGCCAGAAAUGAGAGGGAAACUCUGAAGGAUGCUGCUUUUGGAGAACCAAUGCUGCACACCAUUGGGUACAUUUAUCAGCGACAGGCUGCAAAACAGCUUGGAAAGAAGCUGUGCUUUUUGGGAGUGCCGUUUGUAACAGAGUGGUUGCGCAGCAAAGGCCAUUAUAUAAAAUCUCAAGUGUCUGCUGCUGUAGGUGUACUUCAAAUAAUGCAGAUGCAAGAAGACUUAAAAAAGCAGAUUGAGGCUGGUCAGGUGGAAGAGCAAGGAGUAGAGGCCUAUCUAGCGUCAAAACAAGAAAUGAUGCUUGGGAAUCUGUGGAAGCUCAACGUAGCCGAUAUUGAGUUCACGCUUACAAAUGUCUGCCAAAGGAUCCUAAAUGAUCCAAAGGUAUCCAAGGAUGAACUCACGACCCGUGCCAAGGCUCUCAAGAAGCUGGGUCAAGUUUUUCAGGGGUCUAAGCCUCCAAAAACUGUACAUCAAACGCUGGGAACGGGAUCUGAGACCCAUCCAAAGACUCUAUAGAGCUCUCCCAUGUUCCGCGGUACGGCUCCAAGUGACGAUGCAUUUGCAAGUCUGACAUUGCAGCAUUUUGAUUUGAAGCUCAAAUCAACCUAAGUUUUCAUUCUAUCAGUGACUCUUGGUUUACCAGAUCAUGCAAUGACAGAAACUUCUUUUACUUUCUGUGCUAUAGCAGCCUCCCCUUAGAUCUUGACGAGAGGCUGCAAGAUCGUCUGCAUUGGAGGUAGCGUUUCGUGGGUAAAUUCUUGGCGUGGAUGAAAUGAAUCUACUAGUUUGUUCGUAAAAAUUCUGUGAAUAAUCCCAAGGUCCUUCGUAAUUGAGCUAUUUCCUUAAAACCAACUGUAAGCGUGUAUUUUAAAGUGGAUAUUCCAUAAACAUAUACAGUUCUAUGCACCCUCAUUUGUAAUGAUAUAGGUAAAACCCUUAUUUGGAGCAUGCAUAAAUCUGUUGCUGUUGACAGGCACUUCGGGCCGUUUUAGAAUAGGGGUUGAAAUGAUAAAAAGUUUGGAGCCGAAGAGGAGCGUAUAUCAAGUGUCAACCCAGAAGUACCUUCACUGCCGUCAAACCCAUUGGUUUCAGAGGUGUCACCUUGACUUCCCAACAUGGGUGGAGUUCUUGGGGUUUAUUGUAGAGUUAUAGUAGCUCAAUUAGAAAGCCUCUAGUGUUCAUUCGGAUGGCUAAAUUAAAGUGAAAAUUUGGUUUCAGUUGUUCAUCAUUCUUAAGUUUUGAUCUGAGGCGAUCCUUUUGAAAAUCAUGAGCAUCUUUGAAUAAAUUUACAAUUUAAUUCUUGUU